GUUCACUAAACAUUUAUUCAAUUCCGCUGAAAUAUCCGAACAUCUCAAGCCAAUGCGGGUUGCAGAUUGACUCAUUGUGAUCUAGGAUCUGGCAAAAUUUAUUGACUCGGAAUCUCUAUAUAAGCUGAACUAUUUGCGGUUAAUAGCGAUUCACCUAUAGAAGAGAAGCUAAACUGCUGCCAAGGCCAAUAUUUUAGGAAUUGAGGAUGUUCAUGGGAGAAGAUAAUUGACUUUACUUGGACAGACAGACCUUGUUAAUUAAUUAGCACUUUUAUUAAAUUAUUCACCCUCCAAGAAAUACCAUUCACCAAGACAAAAUGUCGGAUAACGUUUUGCAAGUUGCAGCCAGUGCUGUCCAGGCAAGAAGCCGCAUUCAACAACACAUCUACAAGACGCCCCUCAUCCCAGCCCGUGUGGCAGGCAAAUCCAACAGCGCAAACGUCUUGUUCAAAGCAGAGAAUUUCCAACUCACAGGCUCCUUCAAAAUCAGGGGCGCAACAUCCAAGCUGUCCAUCCAUCCCGCCGACGGGAAUUUGAUCACCGCUUCAUCGGGAAAUCACGGUAUUGGCGCUGCGUGUGCGGCAAAGGCCCUCUCUCGGAAGCUCACCGUCGUGGUCCCUCAUUCGGUUGUGCCUGCAAAACUGGCCAAGAUCAAGUCAUAUGGAGCGAACGUCAUCUUGGCUGGGGAUGAUCCUGGCCAGGCUGAGCAGCACGCGCAGCGACUUGCGGCCUCGGGGGAUUAUACCUAUGUUUCGCCGUAUAAUGACGCCGGCGUGAUUGCCGGACAAGGAACGAUUGCUCUUGAGAUUCUUGAACAAGCCGAGAGAGUGGACAAUGUGUUUGUUGCCAUGGGCGGCGGUGGACUGAUUAGCGGCAUUGGGUCAGUUAUCAAGGCGUUCAGUCCGCGUACAAAAGUGUAUGGCGUUUCAGCAAUCAACUCAAAGGCUUUGGCCGAGUCCAUGGCCGCAGGCCAAGUAGUCGAAACAGAACAUAAGAGCACCGUGGCAGAUGCUGUUGCCGGAGGCAUCGAUGACGAUACAAUCACGCUCCCACUGGCAAUAUCUGUGAUAGACCAAGUCGUCGAAUGUGAUGAGGAGGAGAUUAAAGCCGCCUUGAAGGCGCUUGCUUUUGAAGAGAAUAUGAUUGUUGAAGGCUCUGCGGCUCUUGCUCUUGCUGGCUUCAACAAGGUUGUGGAGAGUCUGGCUGGCCAAACGAGCGUCAUUGUUUUAUGCGGAGCAAACUAUGAUCAGGGUAUUAUCAAAAGCAUAAUAUGUGGGUGAUGAUUGUACGAUUCAAUGACUAUAUUAUUCUAGAUAUAAAAUGCAUUAUCGCCGCAAAC